AAUGACACAAUAGGGGAAGAGUGAGAGAGAGAGAGAGAGAGAGAGAGAGAGAGAGAGAGAGAGAGAGAGGUGUUAAGAAAGCAAGAGGGUGUGUACGAGAUGCAACGGUUCAGCAACACAGUGAUCGGAUUCUUGAACUUUUUCAGCCUCUUGGCAUCAAUACCCAUAAUCGGGGCAGGUCUAUGGAUGGCAAGGAGCAGCACAAGUUGUGAAAAUUUUUUCCAAACCCCACUGUUGGUGGUAGGGUUUGUGGUGCUCGUGAUUUCCCUAGCUGGUUUCAUAGGGGCAUGCUUCCAUGUGGCAUGGGCAUUGUGGCUGUACUUGGUCAUCAUGCUCUUCCUCAUUGCUUCCCUCUUUGCUUUGACCAUAUUUGGGUUUGUUGUGACUGACCAGGGUGGGGGAGUGGAAGUUCCUGGUAGGGCUUACAAGGAAUACCAUCUUCAACGUUAUUCACCAUGGUUCACCAAUAGGAUCAAGGAUACUCGCUACUGGACCACCAUUAGAAGCUGUAUUAUUUCCUCCAACACAUGUUCCAAGCUUUCCGUUUGGACCCCUCUUGAUUACAUGCAGAGGGAUAUGUCCCCAAUUCAGUCCGGGUGUUGCAAGCCACCAACAGCGUGCAGUUACAACGAGGAAAGUGUUACAAUAACGCAAGAUCCGGAUUGCUACCGUUGGAACAACGCCGCCACUCUGCUUUGCUACGAUUGCGAGUCUUGCAUGGCCGGUGUGCUGGAAAACAUGAGAAGGGACUGGCACAACAUCUCUGUUCUUAACGUUGUCGUUCUUGUGUUUCUCAUAGGUAUUUAUUCCAUUGCUUGUUGUGCUUUCAGAAACGCCAGAAGAGCUCAAACUGAUUAUCCACAUGGUCACAACCGCAUGACCAAAGUUAAACCCAGAUGGGAUUACUAUUGUUGGAGAUGGUGGUAUAACAAGAAGGAGGAGCUUUUUUGAAUUUAUACCCACAACGGACCUAUGCUUUUACAUUAUCCUCUACGCUUUUACAUUAUCCUUUACGCUAGAUUGAAAACACCGUAUCGAUUAGAGAUAAAGUCAAUUUAUAAUAUAUAAAUAAAUACAAACUUUACUUUAUAAAUCGACUUAACUACAAA